UAUCCAGGCUACGUCAUGGCCGGCGCGUAUUACCCCCCGGCGCCCUACGCGGCGCCGGCGACGCCCGACGACUUCGCCGACUACAUGUGGAUAGAGAACGAGGAGGAGUUUGACAAUCAGGUGAUACAACAGUUGGAGGAGGAGGCGUUGAUGGAGCAGUGUAUAGAGGCGAUGUUGGAGGACGAGCAGAGGGAGAGGCGCAGGCCGAACGGGCACCAUCAGUAUCCCACAACCAGCAACGGUGCUUCAUCGCUGUCCCUCGAGGAGACCGUGGCCCGCUCUCGCCUCAACCCGCUCGCCGCCGAGUUUGUUCCCACGGCCGCCGUCACUAGGACUGUUACAGAAGAGAAACGAGACACGCCGGAGACUCCGAGCGCGGAGUCCCAGCAGUCGGAGCAGGAGGAACAGAAACCCGAGGAGACUGAACAGCUCACAGACACACACACAGAACCGCAGAUAGAACCCACGCCGCCCCCUACGGACCCGCCGGAAGUGUCCGCGGCGGACGUUCAGACAGACGACAAGCGGAAAGACAAACACAGCAAGAGAUCUGAGCCGAAGAGAGCGGUCAGAGACAACAAGGCUAAAGGGAAGGCCGCGCAAGUUAAAGAGGCGACUAAGGUCGGGAAGAAGGAGGAGAGGCGAGAGGGGAGGGUGGGCAACAGCGGGGACGACAGCGAUGGGGAUGUUCAGCCCCAACCGGCCCCAGUGGAAGAGCAAACCGGCCCCAAACCCAUAAACUACGCGGCGGCCGCCAAAGCGAACAAACCCAAAAAGCCCAGCACGCCGCCCGCCGCGGAGAAGACGUCGCCCGUCCCCACCGCUGGCACCAAAAUUGACAAGAAGAAGGUCGACAAACCCGUGCAGAGGAAGAAUUCGGCCAAGUGAGAGAGAUGGAACGAUUGUAAGUUUGUAAAAAGGAUAGGGACGGAAUGAGUGUUCGGUUUCUUUUUUAUCUGCCGAUUGUUUUUGUGUUUCGAAUUGUUUUUAAGGGAAGCUGUAGUUUUUUUUAGCGAUGUAGGUAUAAUCGAAUGAUAUAAACUGGAUUCACAGAUGAUUUGUUGGAUUUAAAAUAUUAUCGCGUCUGUGUUCUAGACAGAGCCUGAAUAUUUAAACUGUAGCGGUUUGAUCAGUGAAUAGUCUGUAUUUUUAAUUUUUUUUGGUCGAAAUGUGGUAAUAUAAUUGUAUAGGAAAUUGGGAUGAAUGAUGAUCAAAGUUUAAGAUAAAAUUACAAUUGCAAUUUUAAAAUAUUUUUUUUCGUGAAUGAUAAAUAAAUGUCACUGAUUGUAUUUUGAAAAAAAAAGAAUGAGAAUAGAAAAUUUGAUAAUUACUUUAAGUAACGAAAUUUAAUGAUUUAUCUAUGGCCAUGUCGACCACAUAAAUUAUUUUUUUUUAAUACUUAGCGUGCAAAUUCUACUAGCUUCGCGGCCACACGUGAUAAUCUAUACUAUAAUAUUAUAAAGCUGACGAGUUUGUUUGUUUGUUUGAACGCGCUAAUAUCGGGAACUACUGGUUCUAAUUGAAAAAUUAUUUUUGUGUGCAGUAGACCAUUUAUCGAGGAAGUCUUUAGGCUAUUUACCAUCACGCUACAACUAUAAGGAGGAAAGAAAUAAUAGCAAUUGUAAAAAAAAACGGGGAAAAUUAUUCCUCCUUGAUGGCCUCAAUGAUGCCCAAAAUAAAUGUACCACGCGGACGAAGUCGCGUGCGCAGCUAGUAAUAACAUAUUUGUGAAACUGAAAAAAUCGGCAGUUAAAAAAAAUCAACAGUGAAAAAAAAAACGUGAGCGAUCGAACGUCGACGCUUUAAGCGGUUUUUUUUUUUGGAUAACCGUAGAUCAUAUUUCUACGAUGUCUUGUGUCGUUUGCGCAUGUUUUCAAUUGUGAAAUAGCACGUUUUAUUCAUAAAUAAUAACAAUAUUGUCACGUUUAUAAAUCGCAUUGUACGACGGCGCGGAAUAUCGCAUUAAAGCAACCUACCGCCUACCGAAUUGAACCGGAUAAUGACUCAGCAGAAUAACAACCUUAUUUACAUAACACAACAACACAAAUAGCAUGGUUAUUUUGAAAAAGUGUAUGUAUGUAUGUAUAUCAAGUGAUAUAGCCCAAACGACACGAAACACUAACUGCGUAUAAGGUUUACAUACAAGCCGCGGCGGUCCUAGGUACGAAUGCCAUUUCGAAUAAUUGAAUAGUUACUGAUUAAAAGGUUAAGACAAAAAUAAAAUAAAAAUACCACAAAUUCAUACAUAGUUUACGUCUUUACCCCUUACGGGACAGACAGAGUCGCAAAGCUCACGCUCGAUUUAGAAACUUCUAUAAUGGAAUCAGUUAGUGAAUUAUUUUGGACUUUAAAUUCAGUUAUAUUAGAAGUAUUUUUUUUAAAUAAAUUAUUUCAAUCUCUAACCUUGAUGUUGUAGUAAUAUAUGGCAGUUGUACCUAGGUUUUGUAUAGUAAAUGUAUAUGUUUAAAAUUAUAAUUAUGAUAAAUUUAGUAUAUAUGUGAUAUUGACAUUAAGCAUUUUUUUUAAAGUUCUAAUGAAUAAAAAAAAGUAAAAAAAAAACUGUAUAAAAAUCUAAUUUUAAAAAUAGUAUUACGUUAGUGUUCACGGCUGGGUAGUGAUAGGUUUCUAUUUUAAUUUUUUUUAUAAAUAAGGAUUUUGAGAGAGUCAUUAACUAAAAAUUCUUUCGAAAGUAUGUUAUGCAACAGAGAUAAUCUUUUGGGGAAGUUAUGGGGGGCUAUUUUUAAUAGGGAAUUUAAGAAUGCUUUGAAAAUCUAUUAAAAUGGUCACUUGUUCUUUAUAUAUUCAGUGUGAUUUUAAGUUGUUUAAACAGUUACAAUUAUAACUUUAAGGCAAAAUUAUAGGUUUUAAAUGUUGACAAUAUUUUAUCUAUAAUUUUUUGUGCUGUAUUUUAAUAGUUUUUUUUUUUUGAUUAAAUUUAAGGCCCAGUCUGUGAAGUUUAGAUAACAGAUUCAGUGACACAAAAAUACAAUGAUAAUAAAAUGAAAUAAAUAAUUUGAUCUGUAUUUAAAAAUAUAAGAAAACUGCCUAAAAUAUUUAACGUGCACUAGGAAAAUGUUUUUUGUAAUAAUAAUAAUAAAAAAAAACGAAAAAAAUAUUGUUUUUUGUGUCACUGGAUUUCAUUAAGGAGUAAGCCGUAUGGCAGUCCAUUAUAAUCCUACGUAGAAAAUAUUAAAAAGAAAAUAGUCUUGUACAUUUUAUGAAAGUUAAAAAAUAAAAAUGUAUAUGAAAAAAAAAGUGCACCUGAGUGGUUUUAAAUGGGUAAUAAAUACAUUUUAUUUAUAAAUUUCUAGUAAGUAUGUUUGGUGCGCACAUAUUGAGUAAAGAUAAUAUUUAUGGUCACGUUCAGGCAUGUUCGCGUAUACUUUUUUUAAUGUUAUAUAUUAUAUAUAAACGCGUAUGUUCAAGAUUUUCAUACGCUUUUAUUAAAGGUUUUUUUUUUCUGUUUUAACAGAUAAAAUUAUGAGUCAAACAUAACAUUACAUAUGAUCACGUCUAUACCCCUUGCGGGUAGACAGAGCUGACAGUCAAAGGAUUAUGAAUAAAAUAAUAUUAUAAAUUAAUGCAACUGAUGACAGACCACUAAUACUGACCAUAAAUUGUUUAUACUCAAUGCGUGCGAACCUUAUUUAUAAUGUAGUUCAUUUCGUACGAAACUCAUGUAGGGAAAUGAAGAUUUUAGCGGAAAUAGGUAGUAUUUACAAAUAUAAUUAGAUGUGAAAUGGUGCAAUUUUUUUUUAUCCGUAACUCGAUCAAUAUAGGUAACACAAUUAUAAUUGUAAUAUUCCCGUUAAAUUUCCGAAGAAACAGUGAUGAAGAAAGUUACAAAUAAAAAAAAAACAAAUGCAUCUGUUUUCUUUUUUAAUUUUUUUUUCUAAAUGAGUUCCGUAUGGAUUUUUGUGUUAAUCAGUUUAGCGUACCGUACCGGUAAUAUUGUUUUGACAGGGAAAAUAUUUCUCUCACUAUAAUUGUUAUUAUUAUUAUAUUAUUCUUAUGAUUAAAAUUAGUUGUAUUGUGCAUUGUCGAAAUGAUUUGAAGACUCGUUCAAAUUCAAUUUAUUGGAAUGUAAUGCAUUUUUUUAGGCAUAGAAUGUUACUAUGCAAUUAAUUUAGAGAUGGCUCUAAAUAUUUGAGGUAUUUUAUUUUCUGUCAUUGGAAUAAAUUUUAAUUGAAGCGAAAAUAUGAUUUUUCCUUUGUCCAAGCAUAAAAAAGACUUGUAUGUAAUUGAAAGUUGAUCGUUACUAGGGAAACUCAUAGCACAAUUAAUCAAUUUGUAUUAACCAAGGCAAGCACUGUAGAAGUCUAGUGAAAUUUUCACCAAAAACAUCGCUACCACUAGCUUAAAGGGCUUUAAUUAUUUGAGCUUAUGUAGAAGGAAUAUAGUCCGCUAUCGAAAUUGAAGCCUUUUUAAGAUAUUAGUAACUUAUGUGGCGAUUAUAUAUGUACCUACCUAUUUUGAAAUAGAUUUUUCAUUAUGCCUAGUGGUUUAUAUCUGUUUAACGAAGUGUAGUCCAAGGCCGAAUUUGUCAAUGAAAGCAAUAAAUAUUAGAAAGAAUAUUUUCUAUUUAAAUAAAAAAUUAAAAAAAAAAAAUAUUGUUUUUUUUUUACAUGGGGUGAUGAGUCCCAUAGAUAAAUUUAUUAGGCGUUAUAACGGCUACACUUUGUUAUUUCAUACUAAUUAAGGUUAAUUAAUAUUGUACUAAAUUCAAUUAACCGUUUCAACAUUGAUUUGUAUGUAAAUAGCACGUGAAACCCACACCCCUAACAUAGUUAUUUCGGAUUUGUAUAUAGCUAAAAAAAAUGUACAAUAAUCACGGAAAAUGUAAAUUUUAUAAUAAUUAAGCCGUACGAAUGCGUCAGGUCCUAUAUGUUUGUGAAUUGGUUAUAAACAGAAAAAUAAAUUAAAAAAUAAAAUACGUCUCGAAAUGAGUACCUACCUUACGAUUGGCGAGAAAUGAUAAGCAAUUAUUACCAAUGGUGUAUCGUUUAUUUGUUUAUGCGUUUUUUUUAUAUCUGUUUAUCCUUAAAUAUUUGAAUUAAAACAAUAUGUUUAGACUACUCAAAUUUUAAGUUCAUAGUUUAUUUCAAGGUGAUUUAUUUUUUAAAAUUGACAUUCUGAUGUCAAACUUUUCAAAUAUUUCAUUUUCUGUUUAUGACCAAUAGCCUAAGGUCAUUUUUAAUAUAAAAGUAUUCGUUAUAAUGUUUGAUUAUUGGAAUUUGUAUAAUUUUGAGUUAGAUGUGCGAAGGUAAAUUUUUAUAGUUCACAAAUUCGUUUCUAAGUAAAAUGCAGUAAGUAAAUAUGAAACUGUA